AUGGGGCGUGUGGCGGCAGCUGGGGCCCUGCUGGCGGCACUGGUGGUGCUGGGAGCCUCCUCAGGUACGGACGCGGAGCUCUCGGGAGUGUUCCAGGAGAUGGUUAAGUCCGAAUGUCACUUCAUUAACGGCACCCAGCGGGUGAGGUUCGUGAAGAGGUUCAUCUACAACCGGGAGCAGUACGUGCACUUCGACAGCGAUGUGGGGUACUUUGUAGGGGACACCCCGUAUGGGGAGCAGGUUGCCAGGCACUGGAACAGCGACCUGGAAUGGAUGGAGUACAGACGGGCUGCGGUGGACAGACAUUGCCGGCACAACUACGAGUUGUCCACCUCGUUCCUCGUGGAGCGCAGAGUGCCCCCCAGCGUGUCCAUCUCGCUGGUGCCCUCGAGCUCCCAGCCCGGCCCCGGCCGCCUGCUCUGUUCCGUGGUGGAUUUUUACCCUGCCCAAAUCCAGGUGAGGUGGUUCCAGGGCCAGCAGGAGCUCUCUGUAGUGGCCACCGACAUUUUUCCCAGCGGGGACUGGACCUACCAGCUCCUGGUGCUGCUGGAAACCACCCCCCGGCGUGGGCUUACCUACACCUGCCAGGUGGAGCACGGCAGCCUGGAGCACCCCCUGAGCCGGCACUGGGAGAUGCCACCAGACACUGCCCGCAGCAAGAUGUUGACAGGGAUUGGGGGCUUCGUGUUGGGCUUCGUCUUCCUGGCGCUGGGGCUCGGCUUCUACCUGCACAAGAAGAGCUCCUGAGCCGCCGCCGGCCGCAGCCCCUCCCCGUGGCCUCGGGCCUGGCCAGGACCCCCCCGUUCUAUCCCCACGCUGAUUUUGGG